GUUCUGGCCCGUAUCAGCCAAUGGCCCUUCGCCUCAAAAGAGGACAGUCUUUGUGUUGCUUUCAACCCGUGCCCCAAGUGCGUGCUUUUGCGAACACCACUUCUUCUGCGUCCACAAAGCUGCUGCCCUUGCUGCCCUACCGUCUCAUCGUGCGACCAUCUCCCAACCGUCCUGCCCAUGCCCACGCCCGCGGGCUCUCCCUCCCUCCGCGUCAGACCAACACCAACGGCAUCCCGUGCUAUCAUUGUUCUUUGAACAACAAGACCACCACACAAGGUUGUGAAGCUUGGAGCACAAGCGGCGCUGCCUUCUCUUCCAUUGCUACCAGGCAGCUGAGAGGCACCCGUAGUACCACCACCAUGGCGAGCGCGGAUGCGUCAAUCAACAGCCCUGCGGGGUCAGAUCCCCUCCACCCAAAGGUCAAUAUGCCACGAAUGAUCUAUGGCACAGCCUGGAAGAAAAACCGUACCGCCGACCUGGUCUACCAGGCCAUCAAGGAAGGCUUCCGCGGUAUUGAUACGGCUGCCAUGAAGCGCCACUACAGCGAGGAGCUUACUGGCGAGGGUAUUCGAAGGGCCAUCAGGGACGGAAUCGUCACCCGGGAGGAGCUAUACAUCCAAACAAAGUACACUCCCCAUGACGACGCCUUCCUAGCUGAACCCGCCCUCUACCCAACCAUAACCUCACAAGUCCUCGCCUCCGUGACCUCCUCUCUGCGAAACCUCGCCCACGCCGAUUCGCCCGAAUCACAAGAGGACACAAGCUACAUAGACUGCCUAAUAAUGCACUCCCCCUUCCCCGACCCUGUGUCGACGCUUGAAGCCUGGACGGCCUUACAGUCCUUCGUCCCGCACCGCAUUCGUUCGCUAGGCAUUUCCAACAUUACCCUCCCAGAGCUGCAGUAUCUUGUCGCCGACCCACGCGUGACGGUGUACCCGACGGUGAUUCAAAACCGCUUUCGCCGCGCCGAGCGCCGGUGGGACUACGAGCUGCGCCGGUGGUGCGCGAACCAGAACAGUACGCGCUGGAAAGGCGAGAAGAGGACGCGCUACCAAGGGUUCUGGACGUUGACGGGCAACCGGGGCGAUUGGCCGACUCAGAAGUUUGUAAGGGAGCUGGCGGCGGCGGUGCCUAAGACAACACAGGAGGUGGAGGCGCUGGAGGCAGAGGGGGCGGCGGCGGCGGCGGCGGCAGUAACAGAAGAACAAAGAGAAGGAGAACAAGAUGGUGGGAAAGGCAACCUUGUUACCGGAGAGCCAGCAGGGCCAGGGGAUCUUGAGAGCGGAGAUGGGGAGUUGGGAAUAAGUCUGGAAGCCGCCUGGUAUGCGUUAACCAUACUGGGAGCGGAUGUGGUGGUCUUGAACGGGACUACGAGUCAACAACACAUGAGGGAUGACUUGGACUGUCUAGAAAGGGUAGACAGGUGGAGGAAGACACCGCAAGGGAAAAAAAUGUGGGAUAGGUGUUUCGAAGAAUUCAAGGCGUUGGUGGGGAUGCCGCCUUCGUGACGGGAACGUGGUGGGUGUGGGUGCGACUUAAAACGGCUGAGCGAGGGGACAUGAUUGGUUGGUGAUAUGUAAUAGGUGUUGGAUCUUCGAUGGGAGUCUGGAUGAGUGUCUAACAUACUGGCGAUGUCAUUCUCAUCCAGAAUUACCGGCGAGCAUCAGUGGCGGAAGGGAAUCAGCGGCAACCCAGGAUGCACAGGACUGAAAUCGGACAGCGACAAAGGUGGCCCGACGGAACCGGGGAUAUUAAUGGUCAGAAGAUGGUAACAGAAGGCAACACAAGAGUUAUUAUGGAUACCAAUGAUUUCCCUCCAAUAUAUCAGAAAUAAUUUUGCUCGGUGAGCACUGCAUUACUAUACCUCGAUAGAAAAGCUCGGAAAAAAAGGGGGGAGGGGAGAAGGACGGGAUUCGUUCCGAAUAACUCGCUUCGCACCUCUAAAAGUGGGUG